UCCCUCUCCCUCCUCCCCUCCCCAGGCCUGGGCGAGCGCUGCUGUGGACCAGAGCCUCCUGGCCAGCGGACUCACUGGACCUUGGACUCUGCAGCCCUUGAGGCCAGUGCCCUUUCCCGCUCUGGAAAGGAAGAGAAAUGGAAGUGAAAAAGUUGAGCAUUUCCUGGCAGUUGUUGAUAGUUCUGGUUCUGAUCCUGCAAAUUCUGUCUGCGUUGGCUUUUGACCCGUACAGAGUCCUAGGGGUCACUCGAAGAGCCAGUCAGGCUGAUAUUAAAAAGGCUUAUAAGAAGCUCGUCCGGAAAUGGCAUCCUGACAAAAACAAACAUCCUCAAGCAGAAGACAAGUUCAUUGAAAUUAGCAAGGCUUACGAGAUUCUUUCCCAUGAAGAAAAGAGAUCUGAAUAUGAUAUUUACGGGCAGGGUAGAGAGAACCAGGACCACCAGAAGCAGCAGGAGCAUCGCUUCCGCCAGUUCCCAGGAAGUUUUUAUUUUGAGGAAUCGUUCAUGCACUUCCCCUUUGGUUCUGAGCAUCAGGAGCCCAUUGAUGAGAGACAUUUAUUGCACUUUUCAUAUUAUGUGAAUAAAGUGGUUCCCGAUAGCUUCAAGAGACCUUACCUCAUUAAGAUCACCUCAGAUUGGUGCUUUACCUGUGUCCACAUAGAGCCUGUUUGGAAAGAAGUAGUCGAAGAACUGGAAGGAUUGGGUAUAGGGAUCGGCGUGGUCCAUGCUGGGUACGAGAGGCGCCUGGCCCGUCACCUGGGAGCACACAGCACACCUUCUAUCGUCGGAGUCAUAAACGGGAAAGUCUCCUUCUUCCAUAGCGCGGUUGUCUCAGAGAACCUGCGACAGUUUGUAGAGAACCUUCUUCCAGGGAACUUGGUGGAGAAAGUUACAAAUAAAAAUUAUAUCCAGUUCCUCUCUGGCUGGCAGCAAGAGAACAAACCACAUGUCCUUCUGUUCGACAAAAUGCCGGUUAUACCACUGCCAUUCAAGCUGACUGCUUUUGCACACAGAGAGGGUUUCUUAUUUGGAUAUGUGUAUGUCGGUUCGAGAGGGGCGGAAGAGAUGACGGGGCAGUACAACGUCAACGUCUAUGUUCCCACCAUCUUGAUCUUUAAAGAGUACAUACACAAGCCUACGGACGUUAUCGAGGCCCCACAUACGAAGAAGGAGGCCAUUGAUGACUUCAUCAGCCAAAACAAGUAUCUAUUAGCAACCAGGCUCACCAACCAGAAGUUGUUCCAGGAACUCUGCCCCGUAAAGCGGUCUCACCGACAGAGGAAGUACUGUGUGAUUUUACUGAUUCCCGAGGCCACCAAGUCGAGUGAAGCCUUUGAGGCCUUCCUGUCCUUCGCGCAGGCAAACUCACAAGACACAUUGCGAUUCAUGCACGUCUACAGCAACCGGCAGCCGGAGUUUGCCAACGCCUUCCUGCCAGACAGCGAGACGUUCCGAGGGAAGUCGGCGGUGUCUAUCUUAGAAAGGCGCAACAUGGGAGGCAGGGUGGUCUAUAAGACCCUGGAGGACCCCUGGACAGGGAGUGAGAAUGAUAAAUUCAUCCUUCUGAGUUAUCUCGAGCAGCUGCGGAAAGACUCCACUCUUCUGUCCUCAGAAGCUGUGCUCCCCGACUUGAUCGAUGAACUUGCCCCUAUUUUCUUCAUUCGGUGGUUUGUCACUGCUUUUUCCUACAUCUCAGACUGGUUGGAAGACCUGUAUUACAACAACUGGCGGGAAAUGAUACCCCUCCUGUCUCUGGCCUUCUCCGCCUUAUUCGUCCUCUUCGGCACCUUCGUCAUCCAGGCAUUCUGUGACUCAAACUAUGAUCGAGAGUCAAAAAAUCCAGACAAAAAGAAAGCCCAGGAGAAGGCCGAGAGGACUGUGUCCAGCUUCACCAAAGAGAACACCAGCAAGACCCCUAGAAAAGGCUUUGUGGAGGUGACGGAACUCACGGAUGUAACGUACACCAGUAACUUGGUGCGCCUGAGGCCAGGCCACAUGAACGUGGUCCUCAUCCUGUCCAACUCCACCAAGACCAGCCUCCUGCAGAAAUUCGCUCUGGAGGUCUACACGUUCACUGGGAGCAGCUGCCUGCACUUCUCCUUCCUGAGUCUCGAUAAACACAGAGAGUGGCUGGAAUACUUGUUAGAAUUUGCUCAGGACGCAGCCCCGAUCCCAAACCAGUAUGACAAGCACUUCCUGGAACGUGACUACACGGGUUAUGUGCUGGCUCUGAAUGGCCACAAGAAAUACUUCUGCCUCUUCAAGCCCCAAAGAGCAGUGGAAGAGGAGGAAGCCUUGGGGGCAAGUGAUGUUGACCCCUCCUUGCCCCCGGGGGAAUCGCGAGGGCAGGCCGGCAGCCUUGGGUCCAAGCCCAUCAAAGGGAAACUAAGCAAGCUGUCCCUGUGGAUGGAGCGCCUGUUGGAAGGCUCCUUGCAGAGGUUUUACAUCCCGUCCUGGCCUGAGCUAGACUGAGGGGCAGCAGCGAGAGACUUGAAUCCUCAGACCCAUUGCAGGCCCCUGUGCACAGGUAUUUAUUUGCAGGACUCAAACUAUCACCACGGACAGAGUCUAGGUUUUAGAUGAUUCUUCUAGAGCAGUGGCCAGAAGAACCUUUCCUUUGUCCUGCUUUGUCCUGUUCUAACCUAGGAGUGAAAAUAUUUUCCUUUGGGAUUUUCUUUCCUGUCUGAAUGCCGCACUAUUUAAAAUAGACCGCUCGUCCCUCUUCCCUACGGUCCCCCCGCGCUCACACCCCCUCUCCUGUCCAGUGUCUCUGCCCGGGAGCACAGACAUUUGCCCUGCAGCGGUACCAGGAGCCUGGUGUGCUGGUCGCUGGCUGGGGUGUUCACCCGCCUCCCCCCCACCCCCAUCCCAGCCGCUGUGCUUCUGCUGCGGUGCAUGCUGUAACAGUGGGACAGCCCACAGCAGCUUCUGGGCCCCACGGCCUGAAAGAGGCCGGGUCCCAGCAAUCUUACGUUUAGCGGUCUUUGUGGUAGUAAGUGGCUAACGGAUAUUUUGGGGGUAUCCCCCUACUGCAGUUUGUCAGACAUGGUUUUAAAAGCAUAGGGAUGAGUGGGGGUUCUGCAUGUGAGUUUGGGUUUCUUCCCAAGGCAAGAGGAGGACUGGGCAGUGACUGAAGUGACCCCUUCCUGAGCAUCCCAUCAGCCGCCUCCCCAACACGAGAAGUAGCCAAGAGGGAUCCGCACGGCAGAAAGUACUGUAACGACUUGAGCCAUUUAUGUGUAUGUUUUUAGAUGCCUUUCUGCCUCUGUCAGUCUUAGGGUAUGGAUAUUAGGAGCCAUAACUUUAACCUUGUUCUCUGAACGUAGAGAUAAGCUGCUAUAAGCCAGUAGAUGUUAAACUGAAGACAAAUUAUUCCCACCUGCCACGAGUGGUGUCUCUUUAGUAAAAUACCAGUCACGUCUGUGUAUCAAGGAACCUAACAUUUCUCAGCAAUCGUAUUUUGAGCAGUUACCCCAAAAGUGCUGUAUCUUCAAGUCCUCAUUUGUGACAAGUGAACCAAGACUUGUUCUAGACUCCUGUUUUGCAAAAGGCUUAUUACGUACUUUGAGCUCCUGCCUGUAUUUGGAUGUCUCGUCUUCAUCAUCUCACUCUUCACUUACAGCUGCUCCACCAGUAGCAGGUCAGUCCUGGCACCAGCUUGCUGAGCUCAGGGUGAGAUGGACGCCAGGCUGGAUCACUCCAGCAGCUGGAGAGCUUACCUUUUCUCUUUCGGGCAAAACCACCAGUGGGGUGUGGACAGCCUCAAAGAGUGGUCUUUUCCAUUGUCAAAGCAGAUGGCCCCUUAAGGGUAAUUUGUAAAGUGAAAGGUCAAAAUCAGUGAUGGGACAAAAUAAGUUCAUAUUUUCUUUAAUCAUAACUGCUUUAAACUAAGCCAUUUGGAUCCCGAAUGACUUAAAUACUGAGCUACAGUGACAAGUAGUCAAUUAUUUGGGCCCAGGAAUGCCUGUAGUUGUCAUGGAAUCUACAGCUUUAUGGAAAAGGCGAAGAAUCACCGCCAGGCUUCCUUCCCCACGUGGUCCUCCAAAGUGGAUGCUGACUCCGAGGGCCGCCUCGCAUGGCACCUGACCAGGUAGACGUGAUCACGGGAUUCAUUUGGCUCCUUGAUGCGUCACUCCUCAAAGUUAUUUCCUGGGUCUUUUAUGGCCAAGUUUACUUAAAUGAGUUUGUUUUGCUUUUAUGGUAGAUUUUAAUUUCUGGUACUAAUGGGAUUCCUGGCCAUAAUUUCGGAAAACCAAAACCUCCCCAGAUUUCAUUUUUAAAAAUUUCAUCAUUAAAAUAAAAAGCACCUGCCAUUUGCACUAAGAAAGGAAAGAUAAUAGGAUUAGAAACAUUCCUGGCAAAUACUUCAGCCCACCAAUUCUACAGAUCUCUCUGGGCAGGCAUGUCUGCCAGAGGACACUGGGAGCCCUUAUUUUAAAAUGAACUUUACCCUUGGCCACCAAGCCUUUCCUCCUGCAUGUUGUUUCCAUUAAUUUAUUUACUUUUGUGUCAAAUGUAUGAGCCAUUGUCUGCUCAGCCAAUGCCACCGUUUCUCUUCCUAAUGUAUGUAACCACACAGACCCAGUUUUGGUUUCAACUUCCUAGUUUUCAAAUAUGUAUCUUCAAAAGACAACAUUGAUGAUUUUAGAGGUAGCUUUUUCUGGUUGAUAGCAUCUACGCAUCAUGUUUAGCCGAUGGGGAUGAAAACUGGUCUUAAAAGUCUUUGUUGAAUACACACCCAUUUACCAAAUAUUUUUUUAUUGCCAAGGUGUCAGUGGCACGACUUGUCUAACACAGAGGUGGGCAGCCCCAGCUAAGCUGGUUCAGUGAGCAAGGCAGCCCUGAUUUCCACUGGGCACCGUGGUCUCGCUGCCAUCACUCACUGACCAUGAAACUUGGUUGUGGUUUUCAAGUAAUAGGUUGAUUUCCUCCUCGUUCAGUACAUAAAUGUUUUCCUGAUAUAAAGAGAAUAGGAUCUGAAUGUGGCUGAAUGAUUUGCUUUGUUUGGGAAAUGGGAUUAGAAGCAAACGCUCCAAGAAAAUUGUUAAGGAAAACUCUUUAAAAGCUGAUGCAAAACAUUUUACCGAAUGAAAUGUUGCUCGAAUCCUAAUACCUGCCAUUGUCCCUUGAAAACAAACGAAGUGUGGCAACUGCUGACUCUCUGUUCAGUUUGUGAUUAUACUUUCGAGACAGACCUGAAAAGAAAGUGGAGAUUUUGCACUUUUGAUACUCUUAGGAACAAAUAACUUAUUUGGCAAGUGGUGUCCUUUUUAUGUUGUUUUUGUUUUGUAUUGUGAACAGGCACUAAAGCUGAUGUUAUUUUCGUUUUAAGAAUAUUACCGACUGGAAACAAAUAAACUAUUUUAAUGUGUGAUGAUUACGGGUA